AAUGGCCCAGAGCAGGAGCCAGGGAGACUCAUACUGGCUCGGUCUGAGGAGCAGCGCUGUGGACGGGACCUGGCAGUGGAGUGACGGCACCCUGCUGGAGAACAGACCACAGUUUUGGGAACAUGAGCCAGACGUCACAGGAGAGAGGAAGGAGCUCUGUGGUCGACUCACACCAGGAGACAAUUACAGGAAGAGCUGGUUCACCUCCAGCUGUUCUGGUCAGCUGAGGAGAAUCUGCGAGCGCAGACAAGCUUCCCUACAAUGACCAGAGUCAACGGCUUUCUUUUAUUAUUAUUAUUAUUAUAUAUUUUUUAAUUUCCCUCCUAAAUCUUUUCUCUUGUAUAUUAAGGUGGUUUAAUAUAGAAAAUAUGAUAUUAGGGAUCAGUCAUAUUGUCUCACAUUUUCUGUCACUGUAUAAAGAUGUAGAAAUUCCCUAGAAGCUAGAAGCAAAUAUUAGGAUCAUGUUUACAGGACUAAUUAGAGAACAGUGACUUUUUUUCAAAGAUGUUUUUUGUUACUCAUUUUGAGCACUUGUUUAAACCCUACUUAUGCUUUCUACUUUUAUUUUUUUUAAUGGUGGA